AUGGCUAAGAAUGAUUCUAAAGAUGAUUCGCUAUCAUCUGAAAUAUCUGUAUUCUCUACCACUAAAAAAAAUGAUUGUUCAUCAGCUAUAUGUGCAACUGUACCUGUACCAAUAACCACUAUUGCUAAUUAUCCUAAUAAUAAAGUAUGCAUUCUCCAGCCGACCACUUUAUUGACCCACGGUGCAUUACCUUUAAUUGGCGAUAAGAAGAAUGAUAAUGAUAGUACGAUUGUUAAUGGUAUGCAACAACAAUCUAACAAAUCGUUUAUUGAAAAAUCUUGUGAUCUAAAGAAAUCAGAAGUAAAAUGUGGUUUUUGCAAUCGAACACGUUACGUUAUACUUCUUAUAUCGGUUCUAAGUUUAACCGCUACACGUGGAAAUGAGAUGACCUUUAAUUUAGCAGUUAUAUGCAUGACAUCAAAUGCUACUGUUGAAGGGGUGGAAUCAGUGGAAAUAUCAUCUCGAGAAACGAGUACGAUAUUUGCGGGAGGUGGUAUAGGUGCGGUAAUAUUCGUUUUACCAAUCGCUUAUGCACUUCAUUAUUUCGGAUUACAGAUUGGUUUUAGCAUUCUUCUUCUUCUUUCCUCAUUUGGUACAGCAUUAAUGCCAGUUGCUGCACAUAAUGGUGUUCCGUGGAUGGUAUGCGUCCGUGUUAUGCAAGGUAUUGCUUUGGCUUCUGUUAUGCCAUUGAUAGGUUGUAUUAGCGCAAAUUGGGCUCCUAUGGCAGAAAUUG